AUGUCAGACCUCAAUAACUUUGGUAUCAACAUAUGUGGAGAUGCUGGCAUUGGGAAAUCUACCUUCUUUCCGUACCUGCUCUGGGCAUUAUCUCAAGAAGACAUGAAGUAUACAGUCAUCUACCACAGCAUCCACUACAAUGGAUCAAUAUUCUUCUUCCACUAUGACAAAGAUGGAAAGCCAAUCCUACUCACCUACCGCUCCAUCAAUGACAUUCCACUGGACCUCCUCUCAAGAGAAUCUAUGCUCUACUUUGUCGAUGGGUUUGCACCACAACCAACCAUUCCUUGCUUCACCAUCCUAGUCACUUCUCCUGCCGCCAAACACUUAUGCGAGGAGUUCUGGAAGAAACCUGGUGACAUUAUUGGGAACAACCUAAACAAGGUCUGGGUCAAGUAUCUUCCCAAGUGGUCAUGGGAGGAAAUCUCAUCAUUGGUACAGUUCAUGGGUCACUCAGAUGAAAAAGCCAAGAAUCGAUACCUCAUAUGGGGAGGAAUUGUCCGCCAUGUCCUUCAACAAACUGCUCAAGACACAUUGGAUCAGGCAUUGUCACGCGUGGACGCACUUAAGAUACUGCAUGCACCUCUGAAGGAAGAACUCACGGUGUCGCACAAACUCAUCCACUAUCGCGUUGAUGACAACUAUGAUCUUGAUGGACUGGAGUUUGCUUCAGAAUACGUCAAGAACAGCUUGCUCAAAUCGGCUGUUUCUCGUUUGAAGGUCUCACUUGUCGAAUUCCUUCAGCAACCAGACGUCGUCAAAUCAAGUCUGUAG